CUUUAAUUAAUAUUAGUUAAAUUCAUUCUAUUACUCCCAUUAAUUAGUAUGUACAUUCAUACAUUUUUCUUAUUAGUUACAUAUUUUAUUAACAUUAGUUGAUUAGUUAAUUGUUAUAUUUUUCAUUAAAGUAGUUCAUUAGUUCAUUACCAUUUUUAAUUAAUUGUUCCCUUAGUUUUAAGUAAUUUAAAAAAGUAGUUAAUUUUAGUUCCUAUUUCAAAUGUAGUUCCUAUUUAAUUGUUGUUUUACCUUAGUCAAUAUAGUUUCUAUUUCAAAUAAUUGCACUUGAAGUUUGUUUUUAAUAUGCAUCAUUUGUAGAAAUAAUUAGGAGAAAGAAAGAAAGAAAAUUGUAACCGGCCCGACCAGUGCGGGUGGCCCGGUCCGGUACCUGUGCGGGUGGCCUGGCCCGGCCCGACCCGUAACAGGCUAACCACCGGGCCGGUCUCGGGUCCACAACACAAAAAUUAGGCCCGACCAGGCCAAGGCCCGACCCGGGUCCAUGACUACUGGUAAACGUCUGGUCUCUGUGUAUUUUAUAACUAUAGAAAUCAAGUUUGGUCUGGUCUGAUUUGAUUUGGUUUGGGACUGAAAACAAUCCAGAAGAAAAAUCCUAACUCGAGUGCAAUGUGUGAAAGAAAACAUGGAUUGUUUAGCUCUAUGACAAUGUGUUAAAAAGGAGUGUGUGGGUAUUUAAAUUCUAAUGUUUGUAUCUUAUACUUUAAGGUGUGCAUUUUAGAGAAUUAUUUGUGCAUUUGUUUUAGUCCUUAAGUUGAUAUGGGUAGGCUAGGAAAGCAAUUAUCUUGGAAUUAUAAUUUGUGUUUUUGUAUGAGACUUAAGGUUGUUGGUCAAAGGAAACUAAUUGUCCACUUGUAUCCAAGAUCAAGAACCAUAUUACCUAAGGCCCUAAGCUAAUCACAUUUCCUAAGGUCUCGUGGCUGAUGGAUCUACACCACGAAAAAAUAAUGAAGCUAAUUAAGUUUUUGUAAUUUGAAUCUGGAAAUUGUCUUUUAAGAGAUUCGGUGCGGUUCUUGUUCCGGAACCGAACCAGUUUUGAAACUGGUACUGUGUGGUUCCAGUUCUGGUUCCCUGAAAUUUGGAACCGCCAACCGGCGGUGCGGUUCUUGUUCGAACCGCGGACAGGUCUAUAUAUACGUAUACACAUAUUUCAUCAUAUAAUCUUUGUUAAUUUCACAAGACUACUGAUUUAUCUUCAAGCCAUAAUAGUGCUUGUUGAAUACUCCCCCGGUUCUUAAUUAAGUUCCUGGUUUGAUUUCACACAUAUUAAGAAAAUAAAUUUGACUUUACUGUGAAGUGCACUGAUGGAGUAUAUGGCCCAGGAACCCCCGGCCCAUAGACUCCUACUUCUCCUACACAAGUCCAUUGAGCCCAAGAAACAACCCAGGCCCAAAUACAACGGCCCAAGCCCCAAAGUAGCUCAGAAUACACACUGGGAUGCCUUCGGCCUCCUUGGCCGAAGGCUCCGGAACUCACAGGAUAACCUUUCUGGCAUGAGAAGCUGCUGGGAGGAAACGGGCGAAGACAUGGGCCUUCGGCAUUCUCAUGCCCUCGACACCAGGGGAAGCCUUCGGCUGAACCAAGCCUUCGGCUGCACAAGGAGCCCUCGGCUACACAAGGAGCCCUCGGCUACACAAUGAGCCCUCGGCUACACAGGGAGCCCUCGGCUACACGAGGGGUCUUCGGCUGAACAAGCUCAAUCAUCGAAGAUUCCUUUUAGAGACAGCCAACCACCGCAUUUAAUGCCACGUCGCAUCCGCCAACCGCAUUCAAUGCGGUUGACGUACCACUGCCGGUGCCACUAGGCUGAUGUGACCCUUCGGCCGUUGGAUUACUGACACGUGUCCUCCCAUCGCAUUUAUUGCUGCUAUAAAUAGCAGCCCAUUUCUCCUUGUAAUCGACAUAAUCCACAUCUCAACUCCACGCUGAGUUCAUUUAAUAAAAUCAACUCUCUCUCCUCCUAUUUUCUCUGACUUCUCUCUAAGUUAUUCCCGCAAUAACCCCUCGGAUAAGAUACCCCCCGGGUAGACUAUCCAUCAUUUGGUGCUCUCGUUGAGAGGUCUGAACUAUCAAGUAAGAAACCCUCCCCCUCUACCAAACACAAAACACUCACCAAAGAUGGGAAGAACCACCCGUGCCCAAUCCAAGACCCUUGAGGAAAACUACGUAGCCCCCGGCGAAACUAACGGGGCUGAGGCCUCCAACAGGCUCUUAGUACCCGAGGGUGGUGUCAUCCUCGAAUUAGAGCAAGCCACCGCUGACCUACGUCAACAGCUGCAGAAGAACACCCCCGAUGCCCGCAUUGGCCUUGAUAAUCGAAGGAGGGAUCGGAGUGAGAACCAAGUUCCCCCUCCGGCCCCGGCCAUCGAUCUUCAGGCUGCCUUUGCGGCCUUUGUUCAGAACAUGGCUCUCAAUUCCGGAGCCCUCGCCUCUCAGGCGCCCCUCCAGCCCUACGCUGGAGGGAAUGUUAUUCAAUUACCACCACUCCCUCCUCUGUUCAACAAUCCUCCCCCGGGGAUUGGCAACGCCGAGGGGGUCAUGGCGCAGGACACCGCCUCCCAAGAGGCCCAAUCCAGGGAUAAACGUCCCUUGAUGAAGGAGAAACCCCGGACCUCUGCACUUGAGAGGCUUGGGGGAGCUCCCAUACGCCGAGGGGUCCAAGACCGCCUCGGCAAACAGGAAUUCAGCAGGCCUCAGGAGAGUGGAGCCUCCGCUUCGGGAGCCGAGGGCAUACCUCCACCCCAGAGCAAGGGCAAAGCCCUCCUCCAUGCCGAUGACGCCAGGCACCAAAUCAAUCAGGCGCAAUCCUUCCGGGCCAACUCCCAAGGGGUGGCCCCGAAGGAUCCUAAGGACGAAAUCAUCGAAGCCCUCCUCCGUCAACUUGAGGAGAAUCGUCAGGCUCCCCCGACGGCUUCCACAGCAAGGCCAGACCCAGAGUACGCUGACCUCCGGGCGCAAGUGGAGGAAAUGAAACGUAAGCUUGCCGAAGGCUCAGGCGAGCCCCUCAUCCAACUCCGCACAAGAACACCCUUCACCGCAAGGGUGUUGGCGGCCAAAAUCCCCCACAAAUAUCGGGGGCAACCCAUCAAGCCGUAUGAGGGGAAGACGGAUCCCCAAGAGCAUUAUAGCCGCUAUCAAAAUAGCAUGAUGAUGAUGGGGGCAUCGGAUGAAUACUUAUGCCGUUGGUUCCUUUCCACCUUGGAGGGGCCCGCGUAUGAGUGGUUCAACCGGUUGCCCGAAGGCAGCAUUGAUUCUUGGCAAGAACUUGCCCACCGCUUCCUUGCACAAUUUGCAGGAAGGCACCGCUCAAAGAAACACUUCUCCCACCUCCUAAACAUGAGACAACAGAAGGAGGAAACCCUUCGGAACUUCCUAGAACGCUGGAGGCAGGCCUCCCUCGAAGUCGAAGGCGCUGAUGACAGGACACUAAUGGCCCUCUUCCACACCGUCCUCCGCAACGGUAACUUCUCUCGGAGCCUUAUCACCGAUCCCCCCCGCGAUUAUACGAAGGCCCUUCAGCGGGGGGACCGAUACGCCGAAGCAGAAGAGAUCGAGAAGGACCGCCGCAACACGGAUCCUUCUCAGAGAAAUGAAGGCAGGAAUCGGCCCGGAGGACCUCCUCCCCCGGCCAACCGCGAGGCUCAAUAUAAUGAUCGCCCCCGAGGUGGCCAAGCCAGAACCGGGGGCGGUUACAAGAAUAAUCCGAAGGCAUGGGCGCAACCUGUCCUCCUUGAGCACCCACGCACUCCCUUGACGCAUCCCGUCAGCGUCAUCCUUGAUCAUGCAGAAGAGCGGGGGCUCGUUGAGCGAGACUCGCGUACACCCCUCGAGAUCUAUGCCAUCGGCCCCGAUGAGCCAUAUUGCCGCUUUCACCGCCACCAUGGACACAAAACCGACGACUGUCAUCAGCUGAAGAACGCCAUCGAGAGGCUGAUACAGGCGGGCCACUUGUCUCAAUUUAUCAGGGGUCCUCCUCCCCAGGGCCCCCUUCAUCAUCAAGGGCCUCCGCCGAAGGCAAAUAAAUGGGUAAACCCCAACACCAUCCCCUUGGGGAACCCACAGGGGAAGAAACGUGAAAUUGGUGGCCUCGACGACGAGGGAGAGGGCUCCCAUCAGCAACAUAAGCGCCACAUCCACAUGAUCAACGGCGGCAACACCGGAGGCGAUUCAACAAGCCAACGGAAGAAGUGGGCACAGUCCCUUUACAUUGGGGAAGUCAAUCACAUGCCCCCAGCUAAAAGGACGAGGACGGAUCCAAUCUUCUUCACAGAUGCGGACCUCCCCUCGGGUUCUCUGCCGCAUAGGGAUGCCCUCGUUAUCCGCACCGAGAUCAAUGACGCCAUCAUCCACCGGACUUACGUCGACACGGGGAGUUCUGUCAACGCCAUGUAUCUCAGCACUUUCCAGGAGUUGGGACUCGACAGGGGGUCCCUUCGGCACAUCAACACCCCCCUCUCCGGAUUUACGGGGGACAGCAUUGACGCCGAGGGCGUCAUCACUCUCGCGGUUGAAUUCGGCGACGGAUCCCAUAGAGCCAAGCUCGAAGUGGAAUUCGUCGUCGUCAACCUCGACUGCGCACACAACAUCAUCCUCGGCCGGCCUGCCCUCGAGGACUUAGAAGCCAUCAUCUCUAUGAGACACCUCUGCCUCAAGUUCCCCACGCCCACCGGCAUCGGCUAUUCAAGGGGGAAUCAAAAACUCUCCAGGGCCUGCUACCUUCAGCUUACCAAGAAGGUUAGUAAAACUGAGUUUCGUGUGGACACCAUCACCACCAAGGCCUUGGAGGGAGAAGAAGUCAGGCCGAGGGCUGAGCCUGCCGAGGAGACCGAAGACUUAAUACUCGAUCCGGCCAAGCCGGAGAGAGUCCUGAAGAUUGGAGCCAAGCUCCCCGAAGACUUGAAGGCUAGCAUCACCGAAGCCCUCCGCGCCUACUCCAUUGUUUUUGCAUGGGGGCCGGAGGAUAUGCCAGGAAUUGACCGAAGGGUUAUCACCCACCGCCUAGCGGUGGACCCUUCGGCCAAACCAGUGCAACAGCGAAGAAGACCCCUCUCGGCCGAGAGAAGGGAAUUUGUGAAAAAGGAGGUGGCCAUGCUCCUCUCUAUCAAGCACAUCAAGGAGGUAAAAUACCCUUCUUGGUUGGCAAACGUAGUCCUCGCACAAAAACCUCCAACCUUCCGCAUGUGCGUGGACUAUACGGAUCUGAAUAAGGCGUGCCCCAUGGACCCUUUCCCACUGCCAAACAUUGACCAAUUGGUGGAUGAGACCGCCGGGUGCGAAAUCAUGUCAUUCCUCGACGCAUUCCGCGGAUAUCAUCAAAUCUACAUGCAUGAGGAAGACGCUGAAAAAACAGCCUUCAUGACACCCGAAGGCAUCUUCUGCUAUCUUGUGAUGGCCUUCGGCCUCAAAAAUUCAGGCGCCACCUACACACGCAUGGUGGCUAGGGUCUUUCAAGCUGUCCUGGGACGCACCAUGGAGGCUUACGUUGACGAUAUGAUCGUCAAAAGUAAGAAGGCAGGCACCCACGCCGACGACCUCCGGGAGAUUUUUGCCAUCAUGCAAAAAUUUAACCUCCGGCUAAAUCCGAAGAAGUGCACCUUCGGCGUACAAGGAGGGAAGUUUUUGGGCUACAUGGUCAGCAGAAGGGGUAUUGAGGCCAACCCCGAGAAAAUUCAGGCCAUCAUCAACAUGGAGCCCCCACGCAACGUCAAAGAAGUCCAACGGCUGACGGGUCGCCUGGCGGCCCUCAACCGAUUCCUCUCUAAGUCAGCCGAGAGGGCCCUCCCCUUCUUCCAAAUCAUGAGGAAAACGGCGGGCUUUCAGUGGACGUCUGAGUGUCAAGAGGCCUUCGACGAACUCAAGAAGUACCUCUCCUCUCCCCCAGUGCUCUCCAAACCAAAGGUGGGGGAAACUUUAUACUUAUAUCUCGGUGUUAGCCCUGCGGCUAUCAGCUCAGUACUAAUCCGAGAGGAAGACGGCAUCCAACAUGCCAUCUUCUACGUCAGCAAAACCCUCCGGGAGGCCGAACUUAGGUAUUCUCCCGUCGAGAAGACGGUGCUAGCCAUCGUUUGGACCGUCAAGAAGCUUGGCCACUACUUUCAAGCUCAUCCGGUCCAAGUGCUCACUCAUCAACCCCUCGGCGCCCUCAUGAGAAGUCCCACUAGCUCCUCCCGGAUGGUGAAAUGGGCCAUCUUCCUCAGCCAAUACAACAUAGACAUCCGUCCGAGGCCUGCCAUUAAGGGCCAAGCCCUGGCGGACUUCGUAACGGAAUGCACCGCGAGAUCAGCGGUGGGUGAGGAGCCCUCGGCACCCCUCGAUGAAUGGUGGACACUCUAUACCGAUGGCUCCUCGGCCGCCAAAGCAUGCGGAGGGGGAGUAGUUCUGAUCACGCCCGAAGGCUUCCGCGCCUAUUAUGCCAUCCGCUUCUCCUUCAAAGUCUCCAACAAUGAAGCCGAGUACGAAGCCCUCCUCUGUGGCCUUCGGCUGGCGGCGAAUCUGAAGGCUAAAAUGAUCCACGUCAAAUGUGACUCCAAACUCGUCGUGGGCCAAAUUUCCGGGGAGUACGAAGCCAAAGAAGGGAGGAUGAAACAAUACAAAGAAGCGGCUAAAGAGUUGCUCAAGGUGUUUGAGGCACAUUCUCUGACCCAAAUACCGAGGGCUCAAAACUCCGAGGCCGACAUUCUAUCCAAACUUUCGGAUGAAUCCCCCGAACACCUCUCAAAAAUUGCAAGAAUUGAGGAACUUAGCCUCUCAAGCACCCACGCGAGCCCCGUCAUGAGCGUUAACCUGAGGCCGGAGGACUGGAUCUCUGACAUCAUCACCUUCAUCACCACGGGGCAAUUGCCCCAAAACGAAGCCCGCGCCAAGUUAGCAAAACUGAGGGCUCCCAGCUACACCCUCGAAAACGGGAGGCUUUACAAGAGAUCCUACAACGGCACCCUCCUUCGGUGCCUUCAUCAAGAUGAGGCCGAAGUCGCCAUGGAGGAAGUGCACAGUGGCACUUGCUCAGCUCACCAGGGACCCUUCUCCAUGUCCCGAAGGCUCAUAGUUCAGGGCUACUUCUGGCCCACGAUGGCUAGAGAUUGUGCUGAUCUAGCCCGAAGGUGCACCGCUUGCCAACACUUUCAGAAGGCCCCCGGCAGACCAGCGGUCAACUAUGCCCCCAUCAGUACCGCUAUACCCUUCUCCAGAUGGGGAAUUGACUUAGUAGGCCCUCUGCCGAGGGGUACCUCCAACAACAGGUAUAUCAUUGUGGCCAUUGACUACUUCACCAAGUGGGUGGAGGCCGAACCCCUCGCCAGCAUCACGGAGGCCCGGUGCCGUCACUUCGUCCUCAAGAACAUUCUCACAAGGUUUGGCGUCCCCCAACAAAUCAUCUCCGACAACGGGACUCAAUUCGAGGCAGCCCCCUUCUGUGCCCUCCUUGAGGCUUGGGGCAUCAAGCACACAUUCUCUUCCGUUGCCUACCCUCAGGGCAACGGGCAAGUGGAAAAUGCCAACCGAACCCUACUUGAAGGAUUGAAGAAAAAGCUGGAAGCCGAAGGGGGAGGCUGGGUAGAAGAGCUUCAUAACAUCCUAUGGGCCUACCGCACCACCCCUCGGCGCGCAACAGGCGAGACACCCUUCUCCCUAUGCUAUGGCUUCGAGGCUAAGGCUCCAACAGAAGUGACUCUUCCCACCCGAAGGGUUGAACAAUAUGAGCCCGAGGCCAACGACGCCAACAUGGCCCUCGACCUUCAUCUCAUCUCGGAACGCCGAGAGCAAGCUUUCCUCAGGGCCGAAAACUAUAGAAGACAAGUCAAAGGAUACAUCGACGCCAAGGUCCGCUCCCGGGAAUUCCAGGUGGGAGACUACGUCCUCCGGCGAAGGGAGGCCAGUCUACCCACCGAAGGAGGGAAGAUGGCACCCAAGUUUGAGGGCCCCUACGUCAUCUCAGCCAUCAUCAAACCGGGGACAUACAAGUUAAAACGUCCUAAUGGGACAGAGAUUCCUAGACAUUGGAAUGUGCACCACCUAGUGAAGUUUUACCAAUGAGUGGCCAAGCCCUCAUCCUCAGCAAGUGUAAAUGAUCAAUGGCCCAAGGCCCCAUCUGUUUUUGAGGAAUAAUCGAAAGGCCAAGCCUUCAUCACCUACAUAUGGUACAAACGGCCCAAGGCCCCCCUUCUCUUCCACACAUGAGUGGCCAAGCCCUCAUCGCCUCACCAAAAUAGGCCCAAGGCCUCUCCCUCUCGUGAGGGGGAACAACAAUCUAGGUACCAAGUACCAAGUGUAUGGGUCACCCCCAUCACUCUUAAAAAAC